AUGGCUCCGUCGUCGUCGUCGCUCCACCGCACGGCCGCGGCCUUCGUCGUCGCCGCGCUCCUCCUCCAGGCGUCGCCGCCCUCGUCUCUGCUGCAGCUGCAAGCGGCCAGGACGACGCCGACCGAUGGCCGCCAGCAGCAGGAGGAGGCUCGCGCCCCGACGGCGACGACGACGACGAGUAGUAGCGGCUCCGGAUCCACACCUGCGUCAGCGUCGUCGGUGCAAGAAAGGCCGCCCCCGCUCGCGCUUCUGCUGCUGCCGCCACCGCCGCCGACCACCACCAUUGAGGAGGCAUCAGCUCCCCGCAGCCGGAUGCUCGGCUCCGUGCCCAGCCCCGGCGUCGGCCACUAG